CAUAAAAUAUUUCUCUUUUAUUUGUUGUAACCAACGCGGGGACGCUUGUAAUUGUAUUUCUGUAAUUGCGAUGCGCGACCCUUGUUUAAUGCGCAGCAGCAGCUCCUCCGACCCGAGUUCCGGGUGUUAUUUAAAGCUUAAUCUAAGCUCUAAUUCCAGGAAACAAACAGACUUGUUUACUUUUUUAUUUUAUGUUUGAACGACGCGCAUAAAAUACAACAGUUGAAAUGUAGAUGAAAAACAAACAAAAUACAAGAGCACGAAACCUGAGCAACACAAAAGUGAUAUAAUAACAAAUAAUAAAUAAACUGGAGAAUAUCCUGUGAAACCGCCACUCACCCACGCCUUUUGACAAGAUGGCCGUGCAGCUUACGCAAAGCUACCACCACCUUCCCCUGACGAUUACACCGAUCCUGGGAGGCCAGACACAGCAGAUCCAUCAGCAGCAUGUCCUGCAGCCGGCCCCUAAUCCUCCGCAGCCUCAGCCGCCGGACCUCACCUUCCACUGCAUGUGCUGUGCCGAGUUCUUUGUCCAUCCGGUGGCCCUGUAUCAGCACAUGAACGCCCUGCAUCCCAACGAGCCAUCGAGCGAGGAACGACGCCGACGGGAGCGGGAGGAGGAGGAGGCGGCGGCAGCAGGAGCUGACGAGGGCGAGGACUACAGCUGGAUAUUUGAGCCAGUGUGCGAGCUGGCCGAGGAGGGUGGUAGUGACUCCUCUUCCGAGGAGGACAGCAGCGAUUCCUCGGGGGACGACGACGACGACGACGAUGAGGAGGACAACAACAGCAGCUCCGAUGAUGACAGCAGCUCCAGCUCAAGUUCAAGCAACUCCAGCUCGACGGGCACCAGCUCGGAGGCUGCCACCAGCAGCAAUUCCAAUUCGCAGAUGCAACCCAUGCAGCAAAUGCAUCCCAUGCGCGGCUUAAUGGCCGGUCCGGUGCCCAAUGAGUUUCACCUGCAAGUGGCCGAUCCGCGGGAGUCCACCUCCAUCAUCAUGCUGCAGCCAUCGCUGAGCAUUACGCCGGUAAACCAGCCGCUGCCCAUGCCACCCAUGCCUCCGUCGAUGCCUUUGCCUUUGCAACCGCUGCUGGGACCGGAAUCCAUCCAAACGCCUAUCAAGCGAAGGCGUGGCCGACGAAGCAAGGCCAACGUGAUGACGCCCACAAUGGCCAUCGAUCCCACGUUGAAUGCCACGAAUCCUGCUGCCCAGAAGUGCUUCCAGUGCACGCACUGCGAGGCAAGCUUUCCCAAUGCCGGCGAUCUGUCCAAGCACGUCCGGUCGCACAUCACCAACAAGCCCUUCCAGUGCUCCAUCUGCCAGAAGACCUUCACGCAUAUCGGCAGCCUGAACACCCACAUCCGCAUCCACAGCGGCGAAAAGCCUUACAAGUGCGAACUGUGCCCCAAGGCCUUUACGCAGUCCAGCAGCCUGAUGGUCCACAUGCGAUCCCACUCGGUGCGCAAGCCCCAUCAGUGCUUGGACUGCGACAAGGGAUUCAUCAACUACAGCUCAUUGCUGCUCCACCAGAAGACGCAUGCGGCGCCCACCGAGACGUUCACGUGUCCGGAGUGCGAGCGCGAGUUCAAGGCGGAGGCGCUGCUCGACGAGCACAUGCGAAUGCAUACCCAGGAGCUGGUGUAUCAGUGCGCCAUCUGUCGCGAUGCCUUCCGUGCCAGCUCCGAGCUGGUGCAGCACAUGAAGAAUCACAUGGGCGAGAAGCCGUUCACUUGCUCCAUUUGCGAUCGCUCCUUCACACAGUCGGGCAGCCUGAAUAUACACAUGCGCAUUCAUACGGGAGAGAAGCCCUUCCAGUGCAAGCUGUGCGACAAGUGCUUCACGCAGGCCUCCAGCCUGAGUGUCCACAUGAAGAUCCAUGCAGGGGAGAAGCCCUAUCCGUGUCCGAUCUGCGGCAAAUCCUACAGCCAGCAGGCGUAUCUCAAUAAGCAUAUACAGGCGCAUCAGGCAGCUGCUGCUGCUGCCUCCUCCUCCUCAUCCCCGGGAUUGCUGUUGCCCAAGCAGGAGCCGCAUGAAACCUUGGUCUGCAUUGUCUGCGGCUCACUGCAUGCGGAUGCCACGGCUCUGGCCAGUCAUGUGACCAGCCAGCAUGCAGCUCUCUUGGACACGAUGAAGCAAUGCCCGGGAGGCGAAGGUCUGCAGCCGGAAGGCAAGUUCAGCCAGGAGGAACAGCAGGUCUACAUGCAGCGGGUGCAAACUGUUCUGCUGCAAAUGAACCAGCAGCAACAGCAGCAGCCCUUGCUACUCCCUCCCCAGCCGCAGUUGACAUCUAUGGAUUCCACAGGCGAGGAUGAAGAGGAGCCCGAAGACGUCGAGGACGAGGAGGAGGAGGAGGAGGAAGAGAACGAGGAGGAAGAUGAGGCUGAAGCUGAAGUUGAAGCUCAGGCUGAGGCUGAGGAAACUCAAAAACAUCUGUUGAAUCUGAGGGACCCCAUACUCGGUCCUCAGGAGGAACCUUUGUUCAUGGACUCGGACAUGUACUACGAGGACUUUGCCGACAUGGACGUGGGCUGCCAGGAGGAGGUGUUUGGCGACUAUGUUCUCAAGGAGGAGGAGGUUUACACCCAGGAGCUCAUCUAGAUUUAAGCACAAAGUUUGGCCAUUCAAGCAUCUCCAAGGGAAGGGUUUCUUUUACCCCUGCCAUCUAAGCUUUUCUUUUUAAUUAUUUUUAGUUUCCUCAUCUUGUUCCUGACUUUAAGGGGGUCGGGAAUGUUCCAAAAAAAUCUCCAACAAUUUACAAAUUUAACUUAAGUUUAAAGCGCACUUUUUUUGGUGUAAUUAAUCACACAAGUUAUACACACUGUAAAGCAACUCCAUAGUGUUGACCUGAAAUAACAACCUGCGAUGAAAUAGUUUACAAACAUUAACCAUAUAUAUUUACACAAACAGUUAAUAUUUAAUUGCCUAAUGUUAAGAUUAAGAUGAGAUUUCUGGAGCAUUCUCCCUCGUUCCCUUCAUUGAGCUAAAUUUCACUCUCAUAUCUCAUAUCACGUUUCCAAUUAUCUUUUAAAGAUAUUAUAUUUUUUGCUAGUAUUAAACCUGCUCAUUCAACAUCCCACAAGGGGAAUCCCUUAGCCAUGCUGGAACUAGCAAGGUUCCAGCAUUUACUUAAAGCGUAAUUUUUCCAAAAUUGCCUGAAAAGAGAUUACAUUAAUCGUUACAAUACAA